CCUGCGUGCACAGAUUCGCAACGGAACACACCAACAGCACCGUAGAAGUAGCUGCAACAGCAGGAGUAGCCCGCCUGACGCAUGUCUCAGACGGGAGCGAUGGAGAGGGAGCGAACCGGAUCGCUACGAAACCAGUCACCGACUGGGCAUCCGGCGGGGAGCUGCCUGGAUGAGCGCGAGCUGGAACAGUGUAUGGCAGAGCUGGACAUCUUCGACGAUCCGCUCGGCGAGGAUCGGUUGGUCCGGAAGCCACACUUUCUGGACUACGACAACAACCCGCCAGCCGAGCUGGUGUUGGAACGGCGUCACUGUCAUACCCUAUCGAUUUACUCAGCAUUACCACCACCACCGCCACUGGAGGAGCAUCCGUCACUCGGUCAUUGUGACCGUGUGGUGAAUGAUACGGUCGCAACGGUCGCAGAUGGUGAGGGUGUCGACCAUUCGUUGUCUAGCAGUGUCCCACUAGCAGCUCUGCCAAUGAAUGCUUCCUGUGGCACUGUUCCAGGCAUGAAUGCAAGCAGCCGUACCGACUCACCGUUUGGUGGUACGUGGCCCCUGAAAGAGCGGCAGCACAGAGCCGGAACCGCUGGAAAUCGCGUUCAUCACAAGCCACCAACAUACAUGGACGAUCCGGUAGCCGGGCUCGAGGUGGGACCGAAGAUGGAGUGCGUGUACUCGCUGCUAGCCAUGCUCGGCUCGCCGAACGUGCCCGAGAUGGCUAGCAAGUUUCUCGAGCUGUCGCGCAACGACGAGAAAUGUACGGCUCUUCGGCGAGCCGGUUGCGUACCGGUGCUGGUGCACAUCGUUCACAACGAUCCCAACGAGCAGGCGCGCCGGAAUGCGCGGCUCGCCCUCAUCAACGUGAUUCGGGCGAAUGGUGAGGGUACGGUGGCCCGCCGUGAACUCAAAGUCCUCCGCCUGGUAGACCAUCUGAUCGAUUAUACCGAAACACUGAAGGAACAGCACCAGCAUCUUACUAAUUCGGAUUCAGGGCCGGGCGUACAGGUAUCGGUUGCAGCACGUGCGGGCGGAACGGGCGACCAGGAACGUCGUCCGAUACAGGCGAUCUGUACGCUGGCCAAAAUCAGCUACGACGAGGACCACCGAAGAGCCAUGUGUCAGUUCGGGGCGUUGCAAACUAUCGCCACACUAAUCCAACUAGACCACCAGUUAGGGCAUGGUAGUAGCACGGCUGUCGCACCAGCCACCGUCACCGAAGGAACGCUAUCCGCUGCUGAUCCUACCAGCUCCAGCCCCAACAGCAUGUACAUCGAGCUGCGGCGUUACGCCAGCAUGGUACUGACUAACCUAACUUUCGGCCAGGGCAACAACAAAGCGCUGCUGUGCGCGAACCGCGAGUUCAUGCGAGCUCUCGUCGCUCAGCUGGCACGCCCCGAGCUCGUCCAGGUGACGGCAUCGGUCCUACGUAAUCUCUCCUGGAGAGCCGAUGCAGUGACGAAGAAAACGCUCGCCGAAAUCGGCACGGUGCACAUUCUUACCGAGGCCGCAAUGCGCUGUACCGUCGAGAACACACUGAAAUCCAUCUUGUCUGCGCUGUGGAAUCUGUCGAACCACUGCGCCCACAAUCGGGCACACAUCUGCGAGGUGGACGGUGCGAUCGAGUUCUUUGCCGGCUUGCUGACGUACGAGGCACCGAGUAAGACGAUGGCGAUCGUCGAGAAUGCUGGCGGGAUUCUGCGCAACAUCUCGAAUCACAUCGCGCACAGCGAGCGCUACCGGCAGGUGCUGCGCGGUCGGAACUGCCUGAAGGUGCUACUCGGUCAGCUCAAGUCACCGAGCCUGACGGUGGUCAGUAAUGCUUGCGGCACGCUCGGUAACCUAUCGAACGGCAGUGCCGAGGAUCAGCAGUUUUUGCGCGACAAUGGCGCCAUACCAAUGCUGCGUUCGCUGAUCUAUAGCAAGCACAAUAUCAUCUCCAACGGCUCCCGACUCGCGUUGCGCAACCUGCAACAGCAGGUGAGGCCGAGCGAACCAAUGGGGGCAAUGCUUGCAACAGCGACCGGUGACAACCUCGACCCCGCGAAGCCCCCUACCGGAAGCGCGAUAGUGGCAACAGCAGCAGGAGUAGCAGCUGUCGAGGAAAAGGAACUACCCUGUCUGAACGUGCGGCGCCAGCGCGCGAUGGAGCAGGAGCAGCUCGAAUGUGCAUACUACGGCAUCAAGAAGGGCACCGGUGGCGCUGGUGAGAAGGAGGAGCAGAGCAUCGGAGAGAAGCGCUGUGCUGCAGGGAGAAGCGAGUUGGGUGAACACGAUGAGGAUGAAGAGGAAGAGGAGGCGGAGGAUCCAUGUCUCGGAUUGGUACGAUCGGAGGAGGACGAAGACGAUGACGAGAGCGAUCCGAUCGGCUCGGAUCGGGAACCGGUCGAACAGCCAAUCAACUACGGUUUGUCGGAUGUGGUGGAUCUCAAUCAGCAGUCGUCCAGCUACGACUACCAGGAAACGGACAUCGACCAGCUGACCGACUACUCGCUACGCUACGCCGAAAAUCAAUUCGAUUCCGACGAGGCCAAGGAGCGGGAGGAAGCAAUGGAAGAGGAGGACGUAGAGAACGGUGCACCGCCGUACGGUCGAGGCAGCGGCACCGUGGUUGGCAUGCUGAUCCCGGAGGAUUCGGUCAAGUGCUACUACACCGAGGGCACACCGCAGAUCAUUUCGAGCGCCACCUCAAUGAGCGACCUGCGCUCGGUGGCGAUCACUCCCAGCAAAGCGCACGUCACCCAGAUCACCACCGGCGCCGCCACUCCUUCCGUUCCAAAAUCGAACCCCAUCCCGAUAGCGAUGCAGCGCGGUAGUGGCAGUGUGUUGGUGGUUGUCGGUACUGUCACCGGUGAUAUGGUAACCACCGAAUCCGGCGCCACUCGCCGAAUCGUCCGAUCAGCUGCUGCGAUAGACCGUGUGGGUGAGGAUCUUGGUUGCAAUACCCCGGACAAACCGUACAACUACUGCGAGGAAGGAACACCCGACUUUAGCCGUGACGCCUCUCUCAGUCUGGUCGAUCUGGUCAGCGAGAGUAAUAAGGGCGUGGUGACGGUGAUGGGUACCGUCGACGCAUCGGUUGCUGGUGCAUUGGACGGAACGCCGAGCAGCACAACUCAAGCGCUUCCGGUCGACGUCGUUGGCGUGCAGCAGGCAACCGAGCAGGCGGUAGUAACGCUGGCAGACGCUGCUGCUGGUGUACCGUGUGGUGCAGCAUCAGUGGUCGAAACGGUGGUGACCGGUCCCGGUAGCAAGUCCGUGUCCUUCCUCAACACCGCCGACGAGACGCCACUGAUGUUCUCGCGCACCAGUUCGAUGGGGUCGCUAUCGAGCGCGGAACCGGCUUGCACCGAUGACAAGAGCUCGAUCGUGAGUGAGUUCAGCCGGCUGGCGUCGGGUGUGAUCUCGCCGUCCGAGCUACCGGACUCUCCCACGCAAACCAUUGACCAUUCGCCAAGGAACUCGCAGUGUCGGCCACCGGAGGCCAUCAAUUCGUUGACAGUGGGCUCAGCUGCUGUCGGUGCAGGUGGUGGUAAUGGAGUCAGUGGUGUCAGCGGCGGCAUUGGCCAGCACCACACACCGAAGAUUCCCGAGGGUUUGCAUUUGCCGAUGGUGAGCAACUUCGCCGAUGCUACGACCGUCACUUUCCAGGUGGAACACACACCGGCUCUGUUUUCUUGUGCGACCAGCCUCAGCAACCUGAGCAUCGAGGAUGAUCGGGAGCGGCAGCAGACUGGACCACCGGAACUGCCCAAUCCACUCUGCUCGGCUACCAUACCAGCAGCACCGAUAACGUUUGACUCCGACGCGCGCAAGAAGAAAGAGUGCGACCCUGCCUCGGACGGAGACUCGGACGAGGGUGCCGACGAGGAGUUGCUAGCAUCUUGUAUCAGUAUUGGCAUGAGCAGCGUAGUGGCACGCAAGUCUCAUCCGAGCAUUCCCUUCGGUAUCAAAGGAUCAAACGGGAUACAGCAGCUGCAGCUGCAGCAGCAGCACCGCCACCAUCAUCACCAUGCGAGCGAACCUAAGCUACGCAGCCGCCAGUCUAGUGGCGAGCAGUUGCGAUUGCGUGACCACGGCUCGGACUCCGAUGACAGUAGUUCGACGGGCGAGACGGCCGACCAGAGCGAUCUGCUGCUGGAGGAAUGUAUUCGUAGUGGAAUGCCGAAAUUGAAACUAUCAGCCGAACCACUGCAACGCGGGGACCGACUACAGCUGGUGGAGAAGGAGCAUCCGAUUGGGAUGAUGCGAGCAGCGAUACCACUGCCACUGCCGGUGCUCUCCAACGAUGAGUGCAACCGGUACCAGCUUGAGGACAGUCCCUGCAACUUCUCAACGAUAUCGGGGCUCUCCGAGCUGACGGUGGGCUCCGACGCUGGUAUCCUUAACGAUAGUGAAAGGAUCGUGCACCGGCGGGGAGGAAACGAUUCGCUAAGCUCGCUCUCGCUUGAAUCUGACAACGAUGAUCACCUGCUGGACGAAGCGAUUGCUGCCGGUAUCGGCUCGAAGCAACAGAACCGCUCCGGGGUCACACCAAACUAUCACUUCCCGUGUAUCGAUCCGCAAACAAGUGGUGUACCCUCGCGCGUCGCUUCUGAGACACUUGUGUCCCGCCCGAUCGUCACCGGUCAAGAGGAACAGGAAGAGGAGCAGGAGAAGAGGAAACAACUGCCACUGCCACCGGAGCAGUCAAACAUCGAUGGUGAGGGCGAUGGAGACUCUAUCGAUUCCAUAGACUCGAUUUUCGCGAACGAUCCAGCUAACGAUUCGCUGCUUGAGCAGGCGAUUGAGUCGGGCAUGAAGGGAGCCUGCAUGAUGACCGAACUUGGUCCCAUCACAGGGUACGAGUUUCAGGCUGGCAUGCUGUAUGGUACUAACACUGGCACUGGUGACAACAACCGACAGCACCACGAUCCCGAUCCACCAGAAAGUAUCUCGGAGCCGCACGAGGAUGACUAUGAGCUGCUGACCGAGUGCAUCUACGCUGGUAUGCAGCGCAAGGGUACGGGGCGCGGCGAGGUGGCCGUGUCGUCGGACUCCUCCUAUGUAGCGCCGGUACCAGUGCGGUGUCGUCCGCAAAAUGCCGGCCCGUCUACUUUCUCACACUCCGCGCAGCAGGUGCGUCCACGGCCGCCCGCCGAACUGCCGCUGCUACUCGCGGGGCGGCCCACUCACGAUGAGAGGCUGUCAAAAAACGUGCAAACUACGCCUGUGAUGUCAUCGGUUGCCGGUGCCGAAUGCGAAUCAUCAGCAGGCGUAGUAGCAGGGCUCCGCGCAAAUCUUCAGCCAACCAGCUUCAACUUAAGCGACUCAUCGGCGGUGGCGACGGUGGGAGAGAGGGAACCGACAGUGAGGCCACCGUGCAGCACGAACAUUCCGGCCCCAACGCACCGUCAUCAUCAUCAUCAUCAAUCGUUUGCCAUCAACAGCGCCAACACCGCCGACAUCACUACCACCAGCACCAUAAUCAGCAACUACUACAGCAAUCCACACUGCACCAGCUUCAUCAGCAGCAGAAGCUGCAACGUCGCCGUACCCGGCACCGACCACAGCCUGGUGGCGACCACCAGCGAAUCAACGAACGCGCGCUUCAAUCAGCAUCAGCAGCGACCGAAGCAGCUGCUGCAGCAACCGUUCGUCGCCUCCGGCAUCGCUGGCAGUUGCGACAGCCACGCGGCCGUAGCAGGUCUCGGGGUACCGGCGAAGACGACGACAAUGGCAAUAGUGACCCGAGGCGAUCUACGCUCCUGCUCGGCGGAAUGUUCUUUGCCGGCAGCGAAUGGGUUUGAGCAAUCAAAGGAGGAGGGGCUAGUAAUAAAAGCACUGGCGGCGACUGCUACCAUCGAAAAGCAUAAGGACCCGGAAUUGAUGCUGCAGUCCGUUGAAAGGCUAACCGAGCGGCUCGUAUCGCACACGGAAUACUUCAGAACGGAUCAGACCGUGGAGAUGGUGGUAGAGGAUCGGAUUGACGAUGCACAUCGACAAUCCAUCAGCUCGCCUACGGAUGAAACGAUCGACCAGACCGACAGUAAACCGAACCGCGUUCCCACGACUACAGCGAAGGAUAUCGUCAGCAGUAGAAGGGCUCCUCAUCUCGUGAAGCAAUUGAAACCGCUUGCUACAACCUCAUCGAUCGCGAAGACAGUCCCUGUGAAACAUCGUUCGAUCCCGGUCCCGUAUACCGGUCGUGGUACGGUCGCCGCUUCCUCGCAACAGAAACUGAAGCCAGCUGCAGCGACCCAACGAUCGGCACAGGUCGGUCAGGACAAGCCAGCCGGCUAUCGAACCACCACCACUAGACAACAGCCCCACAUAACGGUGCCAAGUCAUAAGCCAAAGCCACCAGUAGUCCAGGAAGCAGGUAAGCGGCGUCUAAACGGUGCCCCAUCUCCGGUACGGUCAUGCGACAGCAAUGGCACUCCAGCGCGACCAAUGAAUGGGACCGUUUCCGCUGGGUCCGUGAACGGCUUGAAAGGUGGCCGAAAAUCGUGCCUCCCGGGUAUCUCUUUGGCAGUAUCAGCGCCCCCGCACCAGGCCAACAGCAAGCUAUUUCGCCCUCCGACCUUUCCAGGCGAUGCUGGAUUGAAAGGUGGUAAGACCGUGUCUUCCCCUUUGCUGUCAGUGCACCAAAAGAUCGCACGCCCAUCGAUUGCAUCGGGCGAACUCGGUAAGCGUAGGCCGGGCGGAGGGAUCGUCGGGGAAAAGUCUCGUACCACGCCCGGUGCACCGUACGAGAAAAUGAAAAACAAACUAGCAGGAUCACCAGCGGCAACUGCAGCAGCUGCGAAAACAGCACCUGCAGCAGAGAAUGGUAUAAAGCCGACGGUUGUGAAGGCCAGCACCAAAGCCCGUCAACGCACCUUCGUGUUCGAUCGUCCAACGCCAAUUGGCAACGGUCCGCACAUUCCCGUCUCGUCCUGGGCUCUCAAGCGGAGCGGCGCGGUUGGCCAAAGCGAGACCGGCAGCAGUAUCGGGUCGCCACCAGAGCCAGAGGGGCAGCAACCGCUCCAGCAAUCGCCACUGGCCACCGAGCGGAUCCCGAAGAUGUCGCUCCCAAUGUACGGCAACUUUUGACGCUCCCGAAACCUGGUUUGACCCUAUCGAUCAAUGCAAUGCGCGCAAAUUCUAGUGAUUAGUAGCUAAUUUAUUACUCUAGCCUCACGAAAUCGGCAGUACGAAAACAAGAAAGAAAAACCCAUCUAAUAUAUCUACUACUUUAUAUGACAAAAGAAACAGAUCAUCAAUAUUAACGUUAAGAGCAUAAUAUAACCACUAGUUUUAGGGUAAUGUAAGCUAUCAGCUAGGAGAUGCCAUCGGUGUGGUGCGGGAAGUGUGGACAUCAACCGCCGUCGGCUUUUCUUCUUACCGUUUAUGUCUGUUUUGUGCAAGUUAAGCUGUUUCAUCGCAUUGCUUCCAGCAUGUUUCCAAUCAAAAUCAAAAGGAACAUCGGUAUCCCAACGCCAUCAUUGGAAUAUAUUCUGCUUGAUUUGCUGCAUUUUUAAAAACAAGCUUCAAAGCUGGCAUGGAGUGGAGAGAAAGGCUUGCUAAAUAUAACGAAAACCAGGAAUUCUCUUGUGUUUUACUGGCUUUACUGGCUACCCGCAACGAUAAGAAAAACAUUUCCACGCCGGGGCUUUUGAGCACAGUUAUACAAUAUGGUGUGACAAGCGUAUCCCAAU